AUGGUUAUUGGGGUACAUCAGGGACACAGGACACUUCAGGGACACGGGACACAUCAGGGACACGGGACACAUCAGGACCACGGGGCACUUCAGGGACACAGGAUACUUCAGGGACACAGGACACUUCAGGGACACAGGACACUUCAGGGCAACAGGACACUUCAGGGCAAAAGGACACUUCAGGGCAACAGGACACUUCAGGGACACGGGACACUUCAGGGACACGGGACACUUCAGGGCCACGGGACACUUCAGGGACACGGGACACUUCAGGGACACAGGACACUUCAGGGACACGCGACACUUCAGGGACACGCGACACUUCAAAGACACAGGACACUUCAGGGACACAGGACACUUCAGGGACACGGGACACUUCAGGGACAUGGGACACUUCAGGGAAACAGGACAAUUCAGGGACAUGGGACACUUCAGGGACACAGGACAAUUCAGGGACACGGGACACUUCAGGGACACGGGACACUUGACACUUCAGGGACACAGGACACUUCAGGGCCCCGGGCCACUUCAGGGACACAGGACACUUCAGGGACACGGGACACUUCAGGGCCACGGGACACUUCAGGGCCACGGGACACAACAGGGCCACGGGACACUUCAGGGCCACGGGACACUUCAGGGACACGGGACACUUCAGGGACACAGGACACUUCAGGGACACAGGACACUUCAGGGACACAGGACACUUCAGGGACACAGGACACUUCAGUGACACAGGACACUUCAGGGACACUGGACACUUCAGGGACACAGGACACCUCAGGGACACAGGACACUUCAGGGUCCCGGGACACUUCAGGGACACGGGACACUUCAAGGACACGGGACACUUCAGGGCCCCGGGACACUUCAGGGACACGGGACACUUCAGGGACACAGGACACUUCGAUCAGGGCCCCGGGACACUUCAGGGCCACAGGACACUUCAGGGACACAGGACACUUCAGGGACACGGGACACUUCAGAGACACGGGACACUUCAGGGACACGGGACACUUCAGGGACGCGGGACACUUCAGGGCCACGGGACACUUCAGGGACACGGGACACUUCAGGGACACGGGACACUUCAGGGACACAGGACACUUCAGGGCCCCGGGACACUUCAGGGACACGGGACACUUCAGGGACACGGGAUACUUCAGGGACACGGGACACUUCAGGGCCACGGGACACAACAGGGUCACGGGACACUUCAGGGACACGGGACACUUCAGGGACACAGGACACUUCAGGGACACAGGACACUUCAGGGACACAUGA